AUGGACAGCCCCCGGCGUACCUCGUUUGAGGAAGCCAGCAUCACCUCGUCCAGCCUGCGACGGUGGUGCCUCACCUCGGCCGCCAAUCGAUCGUGGGCCAGGCGCUCGACAGCCAGCUCGUCAGACUCGGCGUCGGCCAGCUUCGUCGAGGGCAGCGAGCGGCAGGCGGCCACUUGCGUGGCCCGCGAAACGUCCGGCAACGACUGCGUCCUCCACAGCUUCGUCGUCUGGGCCGCCGUCAAGCGCAAUGCCAGCGUCCACAUGUCGCUCGCCGACAAGCGCCGUUGUCCGCUGCUGCAGUGCCGCGAGCAGUUCGUUGACCACGAGCUCAUGCUCCAGCACCUCUACUCGUGCCCCCAUAUGGCCUCGGGCGAGUACUGGUGCUACGACUGCGAUCGGGUUGAGCAACUCGGCGACGCCAAGUGCAGGCGCUGCUGCCUGGGCCAUGCGUCAAAGAGGAAAAAAGUCAUGUCAAUGGCCAAGAGCUUCUUUGGCUCCCUUGGCCAUCACAAGUCGAGAAAUCGCGGCCUCGCCGACGUGGACACGGACGUCGAUGGCCAGAUGCCCCCCAGCUAUGAGUCCGUGAUGGCUGCGGUGCCUGAGGGAGCCGAGCUUCAGGCCAACGAGAUUUUCGAGGCCGACUCGUUGGAGCUCGCUGUUCCCGAGCCGGAGCUCGCUGCCUCCCCGGCCGCCGAGGCUCAAGGGCUGUGCCAAUCAGACCCCAUUGCCGCCUUUCUUCCGCGACUUAUCCAGCAGCCCGUCAUGCCUCCUCCGCUGUCUCCUCCACCCCCUCCUCAACCGUCGGUGCCCUUCGAACCAAGUAGGGGCCCGUCGAACCCUCCUCCGGUCAGGGCGCCCGAGAGACCCGUGCUCCAGGUCAACACUCACGGCCUGGAUCAUCGCCAGGUCCGCCGGCCGCGCCGAAGCAAGGACCUGACGCCGAGCUCGUCCGUCCGAUCGACCUCGAGCGCCACCAGCACGGCCAGCCACGAAAUCUCGCCAUUGUCGAUUUGGUCCGGGGCCUGGAGCAGGGGCCAUGGCUUCGAGUCGACGCUGACGUCUCCCGCAGACGACCUGACCAACCUGGCGGAUCUCUGGCCACAGCCCAAGCACGCGGGACACUGGUUGGCGAGCGAGGGCCAGGAAAUGAACCUGGCCAGGCAUGCUCCCGACAUCGUCAUGGCGGAGCUCGCUGCCGACAACCCGUUCGCAGAGCCCACUGCCGACGUGCCCAUGCUUGAUUACCUGUCCGAUGAUCCGUUUUCUGGCGAUUUGGACCUGGGACAGCCCGACUUUGCGUUUAAUGACACAGCCACCUCGGUUGUGCGGUCUGCGGAUGCGAGCAUGACCUUACCGUCGACUGACGUGACCAACUUCUCUCUGGAGACCACGCCGCUGGAAGCCGAGCCCCCGCGCCACGAGCAUGUCAGCGCGAAUUUACUGGCCCAGUCAGUGCGGAAAACACUGCAAGUGCAUGUCGAAAGUUCCGUAGACAGGCUCGGGAACGACGAGAACCCCUUGGCCCAGGAGUUUUGCCAAAUGACGGCCUGCUCCGUUGCCGUUGCCGGUCUUGAGGCCAUGGAAAACAUCUUUGAAGGCCACCCGGAGACGUCACCCGUCAAGCUGCUCUGCUUUGUCCACGUAGUCUACUCGUUUUCUUUGAUGGUCCACGAACAAGACGCCUUUAAUCGCAGCAUGCAGUUCUUCGCCCAGGCCGUGGCGUAUAGUUGCUGGUUGCCUCACCAAGACAUGCAGUCCUAUAUCUUGGCCGUCGGCCUUCUCUGGAAGCCUGAGAGCAUGGCCGAUGAUGCUUUCGCGGAGCUCCAGCGGGCGAGCUUGUCUCGGUCGGGAUCCAAGUCGCUCAGCCCCAAGGGCAAGGAGCGCGCUGACGUCCCGGGCCGAUUCCGGUGCGAUCCCCUCUUGCUGGCUGCUCAGCACGUCCUGGACGAGUUAGAGAUGACUGCGCUUUGCGAAACGCAGCGGCUAGAAGACCAAGCUUCUGAGCUGUGCAUGGAGCACCUGCGAGAAGGCGGAUUGCUAGCCGGCAAUGGCUCUCCCUUCUCCAUGACCGCAAACAACAUCGCCGCGUCGCUCGCUCGACAAUACAACGCUGUCCCCGGCUUCGAGUCGGCCAUGCAGCAUGUCCUCGACGAGUUCGGGUCGGGCCCGGUAGCUACGCCUCGCCUCUUGGAACUGCACCUCGUGCAAGCGGGAAAGAUGCUUCUCCACCCGUCCAUUGAUAUAGACGAGUACGUCCUGUCGGUGCGAAAGCAGGUCGACACGCUCUAUGAGGGACAAACGCCUCAUACGGUCGAGGUGGACCCACGGCGGAGGUUUUACCGUCUCGACAUCCGGCUGCUCAUGCGGUUGAUUGUCCAAGAGAUUGAGCUGGGGGACGAAGCCCUCCAGGACACCUCGGGAGCCUCGAGAGCGGAUGGGCUGUUGGAACCCCUCGCCAACGAGCAAACGAGGAUGGAUGUGGACAGUCACAGUUCUGCGUUUGAUUCCAUGCCUGGAUCCGGUUUCGCCUUGCCCACGGACAUGGUCGACAUUGCUGCUGGUAUCUCGAGGCCUCCCGUUCCGGAGAUUGCUAUCCACCCGCCUCCCCCAGACGAGGGGGGGUCAACCGCUGGGCUCGAGCAGACGACAGGGUCUUGGCCGAGCUGCACCACGACACCGGCAUCUCCCGCAGCAGCAGCAGCAUCGAGAAACGCUGCCGCCGUCAGCUGCUGUGAGAUAUGCGGCUACCGGCCGCGAGGCGACCCGCGGUGGUUCGGGGGCAGCAUGGCGAAGCACAAGAAGCUGCAGCACGGGACUGGCCCGCCAACCAUAUACCGGUGCCCGUACCCCGGUUGUAACAGCCAGUACCGAAGCCGAAAGGACAAUCUCAGGCAGCACCAGAUUGACAAAAAACACUUUGUCAACUGGGAGGAUGGUGGGAAUCAACGGGGCGGUAAACGGAAAAGGAUGGAAUGA